AUGGCAACCGCCGAGGUGGACGUGCCUGGAGCAGCCCAUCCCGACCGACACACUGGCAAUGCCUUCGUCCGUGGCAGCAGCACGAGGCCUUCCGAGGUGGGCGGCGCCGACUGGGGCAGCGAUACUUGCGGGUCAAUGAACCCCCCCGGAGAGGUCGACGACAAGCAGAUUGCCACCAACCACCUGCCAUCGCCACGCCGUCCCUCCCACUCCUCGCACUCGUCCCGGCCCUCCAACGGCGGCGACCACGACUCCACCUUGAUGCCGCCCCCCACGAUGCUCCUCGCAAACGGCAACACCCCUUUCCCCCGUGCCCCCAUGGCCAUGGGCGACACCUCUGCCACCGACGGCUUCACCUAUGACGGCCUGACCUCGUGCGCCGUCUCCGAGGCCGAGACCUCGGCCCCCCAGUCCGCCAUCGACUCCUCCACCGACGCCCUGCCCUCGCUCGACGAGACCCACGUCACCCCCAAGAAGGAGCCAAGGAGGAGCUCGUCCAUUGCCAACAGGACCCGUGAGCGGUCCGGCACAAAGUCCAGCGACCACGGCGGCAUCCGGCGCCUCUCCGCCUCCAAGAUCCAGGAGCUGGCCGCCUCCCCAGAGUCGCUGCCCAUCGCCACCAUCCCCGACCAGCCCCUGUCCGCCGGCAUCGUCGACGCCCACCGCCAGCCCAUGUCGUCCCAGCUGUCCGCCAGCCCCCAGCAGGUCUUCGAUAAGGUCGAGAACCACAGGUCCCAGGCCUUUGGCGACACCCCGUCCAGCAGGAUCCUUCACUCGGUCCGCCCGGGCCUCUCCACCAGGACCGUGUCCACGCCUCCCAUCAACCGCGCAAAGUCCGUGAGCCAGCCUCCGGCCCCUUCCGCCGCCACCCGCCGCAACUCGUUCCAGCCAUCACCAAGACCCGCGCCCCUGCAUCUGGACACGGGCAAUGCUGCCAACCUGGGCCCUGCCAACGCACGCAAUGCCUACCCUGAGUCCCAGGCCCAGGCUCGCCCUGAUCACCGAGACCACCGCGACCACCGCGACCACCGCGACCACAGGGAGCCCCGGCCGCCGUCGCCCAUCCCGCCCUCCAUCCCCCUCCCGCCGCUGUCCGCGCCCACCCUCCUCCAGCUCGAGCUGGCCGCCCAGAGGCCGAGCCCGCUCUACAUACAUCAGUCCUACGCCAGCGACCUCCCCUACGAGUCCAGCGCCGUCAAGUUUGAGCGCCUGAAAAACUUUCUGUUCCUCCCCAUGUUUCUCGAGAAGACCCUCAUGUUUGGCGCCCUCGCCUGUCUGGAUGCCUGGCUGUGGACCUUCACCAUCCUCCCCAUGCGCUUCUGCAUUGCCUUUGGCGUGCUCUUCAGGUGGUGGGCUUACAUCCUGGCCAAGGAGACGCGGUGGCUCGUCGGUUUCGUCUGGGAGGGGCUGGGCCGCUUGUGGCAGCGAGGGCGCAGGGGUCGGGGCCUGACCCGCAGGCAGAGCUUUGAUGGCUCGCGGAGUACGGAUGGCGAAUCCAGGAGCCGGAGCAGGGCCAGGGAGUCCCUCCACGAUGGCAGCAUGAGCAGCCCAGCUGCCACCAACGGCGGGCCGCAGGGCGAGGUCCUCCACCGGGCGCAGUCCACGCGGGCCAGAAAGGGCACAAAUGGGACAGCCCGUGUGCCUCCCAUGCGAAUGCACUCUCGGCCGCACAAUGGGCCUUUCCGCCACCGGCGCACGAAAUCAACCCCGUCAAACCUGACCUCCUUCCACAAGGCUGACCUCCUCCAGGGCUUGGUCAUCAUCUGUAGCUCUGUCGCCCUCAUGAACCUGGACGCCAGCCGCAUGUACCAUUUCAUCAGGGCACAGUCGGCCGUCAAGCUCUACGUCAUUUACAACCUUGUUGAGGUCGGCGACCGCCUGCUGUCCGCCCUCGGCCAGGACAUAUUCGAGUGCCUCUUCAGCUCCGAAACGCUGUCGCGGAACAGCUCUGGCCGCUCCAAGGUCAUGCUCCCCUUCGGCAUGUUCCUGCUCUCCCUCGUCUACAACUGCGCCCAUGCCGUCACCCUCUUCUACCAGGUCAUCGCCUUGAACGUGGCUGUCAACUCGUACUCCAACGCCCUGCUGACCUUGCUCAUGUCCAACCAAUUCGUCGAGAUCAAGGGCAGCGUCUUCAAGCGCUUCGAGAAGGAGAACACUUUCCAGCUCACCUGUGCCGACGUCGUGGAACGCUUCCAGCUGUGGCUCGUCUUGCUCAUCAUCGGCAUGCGCAACGUCGUCGAGGUCGGCGGGCUCAGCGUCCCCGGCGCCGGCAUCGAGCUCGGCGACGACGGCAUCGCCGCCACCAAGGGCCCGCUGCACAACCCCUCCAUCCUCCCCAUGAGCUUCACCAUCCUGCCGUCGUGGCUCUGGUCCGGCGAGGUCCUGUCGCCCUUCCUGAUCGUCAUUGGCAGCGAGAUGUUUGUCGACUGGAUCAAGCACGCCUACAUCAACAAGUUCAACAACAUCAAGCCCAACUUCUACAGCAGGAUCCUUGACAUACUCUGCAAGGACUACUACACAAACGUCAGUGACAUCGUAUACCUCCGUGUCAACCCAGUCUCUAACAACUCGCAGGCCUUCGUUUCCCCGUCUCUCACCCGCCGGCUUGGUCUCCCCCUCCUCCCGCUGUCGACGCUCUUCAUCCGCGCAUCCUUCCAGACAUACCACAUGUUCCUCGCCACUCAUCUCCCCGUACCCAUACCGCCAUCAACACAGACAUCGCUUUCAGUCGAGUCCUCCACGCCCGCCUCGCCUGCAGUCACAGCCGCUCUCGACCGCCUUGAGCACUUCAUCCGCAAUGCCCUCGGCCGGUCCGUGUACGGGCUCGACGAGGGGUUCCCCGCAAAUGGGACAGCGGCCAACAGCACCACAAUGUUUACGUGGCUGUCGUGGUCGAGCGACGAUGCCAUUGCCUUGGUGACCAAGAUACUAGUAUUCUUCAUCUUGUUCCUAUUCCUCCUGAUCCUGAAACUACUCCUCGGCAUGUUGCUGCUCAAGUACAGCCGUGACAGGUACGCCAGGAUGAAACUGAAAGAGCACGCCGUGUCUACCGGCAAGAUGGAGAAGGAAACGUUUGACACCAAGGGGACCAAGAGGUUCGGCGGGUUCGGGGCCGUGGAGAUCGGGGACGAGAGGCGGAGGUGGAUCUACGCCGAUGAUCCGGACGGCAUGAAGAGGGCCAAGGACAGGGAGAGGAAGACCGAGGAGAGCAUCGGAAAGGAGAAGGACCUGAGCGGUGUGAUGCGAUUAUUUUAUAUAUUAAUUAUAUAUCAACAAGCACCCAGCAUCGCACCACGCCCCCGAGCGAGGGGCCGACAGGUUGUCACGAUGCUGAAAUCAACCUACAAGCCCUCUGCGAACUCGCCCCCGCCGCUGCUCCCAGGAUGGACCGAGCACAAGGCACCGACGGGGCACACGUACUACUACAAUGCGGCCACCAAGACGUCCACCUACACGCGCCCCAGCGCAGCGCCGCCGGCCCCCGCGCCCAUGGACGCCUCCGCGAGCUUCAUGCAGCACAAUGCCGUCCCCAACAUGAACCUGUCCGACCCCCGCGUCGCCAAUGCCUUCAUGUCGCAGUACAACCAGCCGCCAGCCGCACAGCAGAACCACAGGGGAGGAGGAGGAGGCGCACAUGGUGGCAGGGGAGGCAGGGGAGGGGCACACGGCGACAGGCCGCGACCGCAGCCGACCGACAAGCCCAGGUCCAAGGUCGCCAUCCCGGGCUGCGAGCCGUGGGUCCUGGUAUACACAAAGUGCCAGCGGCGCUUUGCCUACAACCCGGUCAAGAACGCCAGCUACUGGCGCAUCCCCGAGAAGCUGAUGCCCGCGAUACUCGAGCUGGACAGGGCGAGGAUACGGGACAAGGCAGGGCUUGGCGAGAGCAAGGAGCAGGAUGAGGCCAGGUCGGCCAGCCCCCCACAGGGGAGGCCAGGUGCGGAUGGUCAGGGUGCCGAUGACCAUCAGACCACCGGGGACGGGGCUGCCGAGGAACCCCAGCACGACUACGACAGCUCCGAGUACGAGGAGGUCGAGGUCACGGAUGACGAGGGCGAGGAGGGAGACGAGGGAGACGAGCAUGCCACAAAACGCCGGAGGGUCGGAGAGUCAUCAGAAGAUGGCGACCGACCAGUCGAGUUCAGCGAGGCAGACAUCGCGUUCCAGCUCCAGGCCAUGGGCCAAGAGUACGGGCUGGAUCCAGGCGAGUAUGACGACGGCAACAUGGAGGAGUGGCCAGAAGGUGCAGCUGGCAUGGAGCUGUCAGACGAGGACGCCAGGGCCUUGUUCAAGGAUCUCCUCAACGACUACGCCAUCAACCCGUACAGCCCUUGGGAGAAGCUCAUCGAGGAGGGCAAGGUCUUUGAUGACAGCCGGUACACCGUCCUCGGCACCACCAGGGAGAGGAAAGAGGUCUGGGAGGAAUGGUCCCGGGAAAAGAUCAAGGAGCUCAAGGAGCAGAGGGCAAAGCAGGAGAAGAAGGACCCUCGCAUACCGUACCUCGCCCUGCUCCACGACAAGGCGACGCCAAAGCUGUACUGGCCCGAGUUCAAGAGGAAGUACAAAAAGGAGCCAUCCAUGAAGGACACGGCCCUGCCAGACAAGGACCGGGAAAAGCUCUACAGGGAACACAUCAACCGGCUCAAGCUCCCGCAGGCCACGCUGAAGAGUGACCUCGCCACCCUGCUCAAGUCCAUGCCCAUAUCACAACUCAACAACAAGACCCUGCUCACCCACCUGCCCCCACAAGUUAUCACCGACAUCCGCUACAUCUCGCUUGAUGCCAAGACUCGCGACCCCCUGGUCGAGGCCCUGAUCCAGACCCUGCCCCCGCCCCCGGAGGACGGCGAGGCGGCAGAGCAUGACGAGGCCGCACAGAAGGCGCUGGACCUGCGGCGGAGGCGGGAGAAGGCGCUGCAGGACCGGGAGAAGGCCGUCGAGGAGGAGAAGCGGAGGCAGGAGAAGAACCUGAGGCACAGCAAGGCCUUGCUCAGGGACGGGGAGCGGGAGCUCGAGGCGGCCAUGGAGGUUGGGAACAGGGGGCUGCACAGCCAGCUAGACCGGCAAUGA